CUUCCAGUGAAGACGAGCGAUGCUUCCUGGGUGGGUGUCGACACAGAGGGCCUUGACAAGGGUCUGGGCCUGUUUCCUUCAGCCUGAGCAUGAGCACGGGCCCAAGAACUGGGGCGGGGGGUUGGAACUGGUGUGGCUUCUGUAGUUCCUGGAAUCUUCUUUCGUCUACCUACAUGAGCUAUGUUCGAGAAUAAACAUGCCGCCGUUAUUCCAGGAACACCUCGGGUCCUACUUCUGCUGUAAAGCCCAGUCCCUUUUGAUUUUCAUCAUCUGUAUUUGCCUAUUUCCCCGUGCUCCUUUAACUCCCUGGAACUUCUGUCCGAGUCUCCGACAUCCGUGGUUUGUGCUGCGGGAGCUCCUACAGUCCAGUCCUCUGCCAGAGCUGCUUGGCGUCUCCUACUUUUCCUGGACUGUCGCCGUAUAGAUGCCUGGCUGCCAACACAUAAGCCUGAGUUUCUACAGGCUUAAACAGAACGCCUUGUCUCCCCAGCACCUUCUCUCUCCCGCCCUCAUCCACCAGGCUUGGGCACUGUCCUAGGAGUACAGGUCCCAUACCUUGGAGGCACAACCGGACCGUUUGUCUUUCUACCUCUACGUUCUGGUUCUAAGUUGGUUUUGGACUCAGAAAUCCCACCAAGAUUCCAUGACACUCAUCUUGAAAUGCACACAGAAAACUGAGCAUCUUGUGCCAAAAAGAUGACAAAAGUGCAUUUGCCUUCACCAUGGCAGAAGCCAGAGGUUCUGAGCUGAGAUUACAUCGCUCAUGGUAAUCGGACAGUGGGAGAGUAGCCAAGCGGCAGCUCUGUCUUCCAGCGUCUUGCCAGCGUUCCGGUCUAGCGGAGAGGGCUUUUCGAUGUAUCAAAGGGGAUGUGAUCGCAGCUUGAAGUUUCAGCCAAGAAUUGAAGAAAGAAUUUGGAAGAGGAAGACAUUCAUUCUUAAAGACGCUGAGGGACAGAACCCCAGCUGGACUUCUCCAACAAGUCGGGACGUCUGUGAGCUGUGGUGCGGCUGGGGACCCAUUGCGACCCAUUGCGGCCACUGGAGCCUGCCGAGCCUCGGUUUCUGGAUCUGCAAGUGCAGCGACAGAAGCCUGGAGGCGGACAGCAUGGGAUUUGCCCAAAGUCACCCUGUAUCUGGGAGCCUGCUGAUGUCUGACCCUGGCGUUCCUCCCGCAUCCCCAGGCUGCCCAUCUCCAGGAAGGAGAGGAAAGGAAAAAGGAAAGAACUGUGUCUGGGGCCAGGUGAUGCAGCAGGGACAUCUGGCAUUGUCUGAUUUGACAUUUUCUACAGAAGACACUCUCUCAACUUUUGCUAGGCUAAGGUCCUGCCUCCUCUUCCGGACCUAUUUUGGGAAUUACCCCCCAUCCCUUAUGCCCCAGCACUGGGAGCUGCCUGCAGGGGCAGAAGGCCAUCUUUGA